GGACUGCAUCAGCAGGUGUGUGGACAAGAAUGAAGAGAGAGCAAUGGAGAGGAUGAAGAAAGGGGGAAAGGGCAGCGGCAGCUGCUGCUGCCCUCUAGGGAGGAGUGGGUAGGGAAGGAGGAAGAUGACCCUGCUGCUGUCCUUGCCUUUGAAAUUCUCGCUUCUGCAUUUUAACAGAACGGAUUGCCCAAAGCUCCCAUCAGCCUUUUUUUCCACUUCCACUUCUUCUUCUUCUUCUUCCUCACUGCCAUCUUCUUGCCUUCGUCUCAGGCCUCGGUCUUCUAAGAAUGACUCUGGCGACUCCAGUGAAACAGGAGACAAACCACCAACUGACUGGGACAGGGCUUGGGCUUCAUUCAAAAAGCAAGGGAAAAAGAAAGGCAUGUUCUCCCAAUUCUCACCAAACAAGUAUGUGACUUGGAAUCCCAGGCGUUCCGACUACCCAGUUUCCGAGGAAGUCGAUCCAAUCAAGAGAACAGAGAGAUCGAACCUGAUGCUGUGGACUAGCCCAAAAUUUACUCUGGAGGCAGAGAUAAAAGUGUAACCCACAUGUAAAAAGAUUUUCUUUUUUCCUUGAAAUCAAGUCCAUGGGAUUCAGGGUGGUUUUCUUUUGCUUAUUUUGUUCGGAAUAUGUAUAGCCCAAGUCCCAUGGAAAUUUUUAUGUGCCUUAUAUGAUGAUUCAUCAUGUUGUGUUUUUCAACAGAAAAUGCUAAAGUUUUGGUAAUAA